AUGAGUUCUGAACUUUCAAUUAGGAGAGAGAGAGAGGUAGAGAGAGUGGGGUAGAGAGAGAAAGAGGGUUAGAGAGAGAGAUAGACAUGGCAGGGUGGGCUCCUUAUGCGAUGAUGAUCUUCCUGCAAUUGGCAUAUGGUACAGCAGAUAUUGUAAGCAAGGGAGCUAUGGAGAGAGGCAUGAGCUACCACGUUUUCAUUAUGUAUAGACACGUUGUCUCCACACUCGUUCUCUCUCCUUUUGCUUUCUAUUUAGAGAGGAAGACACGCCCGUCUCUCACGAGGCCGAUCUUCUUCAAAUUGUUCUUGUUGGCUUUAUGUGGGUUUACAGCGACACAAAAUGCUUACUUUGCUGGCCUCAUGUACUCCUCUCCCACCGUAGUCGGUGCCAUGAAUAACAUUUGCCCGGCCAUAACCUUCAUCUUGGCAAUGAUUUUCAGGAUGGAAAGUGUAAAGAUUAAAAGUCCUAGAGGGCAAGCCAAGCUCUUGGGUACCUCGAUAUGCAUAGGCGGCGCUAUGCUCUUCGCCUUUUAUAAGGGUCACCUAUUUCCACCAUUAAAAAUCCCCUUCAUUAACAUUCAUAGCUAUAAUUCUGCUGGUGGUACAGAACAUGCCAAACCAGACUGGGUUAAAGGCUCCUCCAUUGCAAUUGUUGCUACAUCAUGCUGGAGCGUAUUCUUGAUCCUUCAGAAUUCAGUUUACAAACUCUAUCCUGCCCCUCUUUCUAUGAAUGCUUGGAUUUCUUUCCUUGCUGUGAUGCAAUCUGCAGCAGUCGCAGUGAUCUUCGACAGGACGGCUUCACCUUGGAAGAUUGGCUGGAAUUUGGAACUCUUAUCCUAUGUCUAUUAUGGGAUUUUGGUUUCUGCAGUAGGAUAUUCUCUACAAGCUUGGUGUAUUGCCAAGAGAGGACCGGUGUUUGUCGCCCUGUUUUUUCCCCUUCAACUUAUCAUCGCAGCUAUCCUUACCGCCCUUUUCUUCAAGGAACGUCUUCACUUGGGAAGUGUGGUUGGAGCAAUUCUUAUAAUAGUGGGCUUUUAUUGUGUUAUGUGGGGAAAGAGCAAAGACGAUAAGAACGACGAGAAAGUGGAAGAGAAAAAUGAGAUGAUUGCGGAUGUGGAGAAAGCAAGCAAGGUUUGAGCAAGGGAGAAGUGUAGUAGCACAUGUUCUCAUCGUGUGGUCAAAUCCUUUGCUAAGCCUACUCGAUUUUGUUAUUGUUGUGAUGCUGCUUAUGCGUUCAUUCAUGUCUGCGGUGUGGUAAUAUCUCCCCUGCGUCACUUGGCUGUAUCGUACUAUACCUUUCAUUUUCAGAUGAAAAUUUUAGAUUUUUGCUGGAGUGUUAUAUGCCCAAUAACCUUUGUUGCUCUC